UCAGGCUGUUUUCAGGCUGUUUUCAGGCUGUUUUCAUCAGGUUUUCAUGUGUUUCUGUCACAGGAAGCUGCUCUGCUGUGCUAGCACAGUGUAGCGUGCCCCGCUAACAUGGUGCUUUCUGUAUAAAUUAACCGCCGUAUCACGUAAUGGUCGGAGGCUCGUUCAACAACAUGUUUUAUGCAAACUGAAAGUAGGCUCAUCAUGGCGAAUCAUUUCCACAUCAACACCCCGCUGCUGGAGAGCGUCAGUAUGUCCAAACGUGUUGGAACCAGCGUCUUCCUGAAGAUGGAGAACUCGCAGCCCUCUGGCUCCUUCAAGAUCCGUGGUAUUGGACACCUCUGCCAGCAGCUCGCCACACAGUCCAAAGGCGUUGUCUGCUCCUCAGGAGGUAAUGCUGGUUUGGCUGCAGCUUACGUUGCCAGAAAAAUGGGUAUACCUGCCACAAUCGUGGUCCCGUCCUCGUCUCCUCAGCUGGUGGUUCAGAGACUCCAGGAUCAGGGCGCCACUGUCAAGAUGACAGGCAGGGUUUGGGAUGAUGCCAAUGCAGAAGCUCUCAGACUGUCAGAAACUGAAGGACUCACAUACGUCCCCCCGUUCGAUCACCCCCUGCUCUGGCAGGGCCACAGCAGUCUGGUCUCAGAGGUCUCGGCCUCUCUGGGUCCCGGGUUGAAGCCCGGAGCUGUGCUGUUGUCUGUGGGCGGAGGGGGGCUUCUCUGUGGCAUCAUCCAGGGCCUGAAGGAUGUAGGCUGGACAGAUGUACCCAUCAUCGCCAUGGAGACGGUGGGGGCAGACUGUUUCAACGCUGCAGUUAAGGCGGGAAGGGUGGUCACCUUGGAUGACAUCACCAGUGAGGCCAAAUGUCUCGGAGCAAAGACAGUUUGCAAGAAAGCUUUUGAAUACAGUCAGGGCAGCGAGGUGACAAUCAUCUCUGAGCUGGUGACGGACCAGCAGGCUCUGCACGCUGUGGAGACAUUCCUGGAUGAGGAGCGUGUGUUGGUGGAGAUGGCAUGUGGAGCAGCACUGGCAGCGGUCUACAGUGGACUCAUAGGCAGAUUACAGGAUGAAGGUCGGCUGGCGACUCCCCUGGGCCCCCUGCUGGUGGUCGUGUGCGGCGGCAGCAGCGUCGACAUGCAGCAACUGACCAACCUCAAACACAAACUGCACACUUAAAGAGCUGCAUAUACGUAAAUGUGUGUAUGCGUGCAGUAUGUGACAGGCCAGUGUUGGGUCACAGCAGCGAAAAUAAUUGAAUCGAUGUAAUCGAAGUGAAUAAAAGUGAAUAAAAGAAAAGGCAGAAGAACUACAGAAACAUCUAAUUUAGAGUCAAAGGUGUUGUUGCAGUGUUGGUGUAAAAAUAUUAGUGCUGCUUCUAAUAUUACAGUGUAAAGUCACUAAAAGUCUAAUAUUGCAGUAACAUAUUUUUGAAAACCCAAAUUUCCCCAGUUGUAAAUGACUAAAGUUCAUUACAUGAGCGUAUGCUGUGAUCGUGCUGAGCUAACUGAACUGUCACAUGCAGUUCUGAGGUUUCCCCACAUGGUGGAGUCACAGUUCACUGUUCAUACAAGACUCCGACCCUCCACACAGUCUGACACAGAAAACCUCACAGAGAAACAAAGUGUUUUUUCUACUUCAAACUGAUAUCUGUCAAUGUGAUUUAUUCAAAAAUUCAUUGUAUUUCAGCAAAAACAGUCUGCUCUUACAUCUCCUAUCCACACACCGAUAUUGGUACAUUUCUGUCUUCUCCUGGUCUUUUUUUUUGGUAUGUUCUCCAAAGCAUUCAUUUAUUUCAGAUGAACAAAACUGAUCUUUGACUACACAUUAAAUGUAGGAGUGUGGUCAGUGUGUGCGAUGUGUAGGGAGUCAUUACUAUGGAAACUGGUCCUCUCUGCUCUGCCCCCAUCAGAGACAUCAGGAGAAAGAGUUGCAUUUGACAUCAUAUUUAUAGUCUUCGGCUUCUGAGCCCUCAGACAGCUGCGUGUGAUGUGAGGUUUGCAAAUGGCGCAAACUUUAUGGUAAUCGUUGUGAUCACAUAAUCCAUAAACACAUCUUUUAAAAAGCAUCUCAGAUGAUGUUUUGAUCAGAACAAUCGAAACUUCAACACAUACAGAGUCAAAAGUAACCUCUACAGUAUUCCAAUAUGUUGUACAGGGCUCAGUUGCAGGAUUUAGCAAAUUUUCGGAUAAGUAAAGAGGGCAUGGUUAAAGAUAUAGAGUCUGGCAUUUCCCCACAAUAGUGUAUUUGCAGCAGUGCAUUUUAAGAAAGAUGGAAAAGCAGUUUGCUUGUAGUUAGAGAAAACAAGGGCUUGAUCAUCAUCAAUCUAGGCUGACCUUGAGCAACUGUUAAGACGUCUGUACGGUAUCUGUGUACAUGGUUGAGGAGAAAAUAAAAAUACAAAAUAUCAGACUGAGAUGAUUAUGACUGCAGCAGAACUGAAAAGAGGGAAAGUGAGAAGCGCUUCGUCUCCUCCGUGUGCUGUUGGAUGAUGUAGGCGAGGAGAACUGAGGGAUGAGACAGGUGGGUGUCUCAGAAGGACCAUCUCUCCUGUCAAAAUCAAUGUGAACGUGUCCCAAACUGUGACGGGAACUUUUUUCAUUAUGUGAUGAUAAU